AUGAACAAAUUUGUUGUGGCAGAGAAAGGAGGUUCAAAAUUAAAAGAAUUGGGUAUCUUAGACCACUUAACAGGUUCACGAAGCAUCUCAAAUGUGGGGUGCAUAGAUGAAACUACAGAAGUAAGAGAGGCCAAAUUGAAAGAAAAGCAUUUAGAUACAUUAAUGUUGCAGUAUUGGCGCUGUCAUGAAGUGGCACUACAUCAAGAGUCUAUAGUGGAAGCACUUGAGCCAAAUCAUGCUAUAGAAGAGCUCACUGUUGAUGGAUACAUAGGUGGCAAAUUUCCAAAUUGGGUUGGUGGUUCACAUUUAGCCAAUUUAGUGUCUUUAUAUUUGCUGAGGUGUGCCAAAUUUGAGCAAUUACCACUAUUUGGGCAACUACCUUCCCUCCAGAAACUUGUCAUUAAAGGAUUUGAUGGAAUAAAGGUGAUAGGUGAAGAAUUUUACGGGAAUGGCUCCUCCAGUGCCCCAUUUUGUUGCCUUUCAUAUUUAAGUUCUGAUGAGAUGUUGGAUGGGGAAGAAUAG